AUGACUAUUGAAGUUUGUAGAAGUAUAUUCUCCGUGUUCGAAAUCAUCAAGAGCUGGUUCCGGCCAGCCCAGGAGCCUGUUGUCGAGAACAAGUGGGGCGCCAAUACAGUAACCUUGAAGCAGCCGAAUAGCCCUGCUACUCCGGCCAUGAAUCAGACCGUCUCAGAGCAGCCAGGAUCCCCAGAGUUCAUGGGCGUCUACAUCCAUCCGUGGUGA